UCGGGGCCGCCACGGCGUGCGCGGCGCUCGGGCCCUCCCGCGGUUCCCCGCCUCACUCGGCCCCGGCAGCGGAUCGGGGCGGCGGAGGAGAAGGAAGAGGAAGGAGAGGAGCAGGCGGGAGCGGGACGCAGUGAAGAAGGGCUGCGAGGAGCCAUGUCCGCGCCCGCCGGGCUGCCGCCGCGGCCCGCAGCCGCCGCCGCCGCGUUUCCCCCGGGCGGGCCCGGCAGCUCCCUGGAGGCCGCGGCCCCUGCGAGCGGCGCGCCGCGCUGCCAGAACGGUCCUAUGCAGAGUCAGAUGCAGUUCCCCUCUGGCUAUGGCUCACAUCUUCCAAACUACAGUGCGCCUUCAGGACACUAUUCCCAAGUGCCCAAUAAAGCUGCUGCUUCACAUCUGGAGAAUCAGUACAGAGCCAGUUACUACCCUGGUUACUACUCAGCACCAGCACCAAACGCUAUGGCACCUGUGGGCAGCAGCGUGUUGAAUGCACAGGAGUCACAUCAGCUGUACAACAACGCUCCUCCCCAUUCUGGGGGCUCCAGUGACAGACCUGUUCAAGGAGCAGUGUCGUCUGCAUCCUACUUGCAUGUGAGUGCUCAGCAGUCAUAUUCAGCAUUUGAUAAUCACUACAGCACCUCUGUCAGCUCUUCAGUUGCAUCUCAGGGAUUUCCCCUUAAUUCUGAUCACUACGCUAUGCCCGUGGUUUCUGGUGCCAUGUAUCCUAAUGUUUCCUAUCCUCCCGUGGCUGCUGGAGGUGUGUAUGGGCAGACAUUUACCUCUCAGAGUCUACCUGCUGUUGGACAGUUCAAAGAGACAAAUGCGUUUUCUAGCCAGAGUACAUCAGUACCUCAUUCCCUUCAGCAGCACGUUCCUGUGGGAUACAAUACAACAUUAUCAACUGUUUCAUCUGCUCAGGCUGUGCAAGACAACCUCAGCAGGAAUCUCACUGGAUCUGUUCCUAAAGUAAACAACCAAAUACAUACAGGUGGCAUUGAUUCUUCACAGCCCGUGCACUCAGUGAGCCAGAAUGUUCCAUUUAGCAAGCCUGGAGCUGGAACAUCUGCUGCCUCUGCUGCGAUGUCGUCAGUACGGUCACCUGCUCCAAGCCUGUCUUCAAAGGCACCAUCUUCACCCUCUGCUGCACAGUCACCAGAGCUGCCCCUUCAGGAAGGCAUGCAGUAUGGUGGAUAUGUUAAUAAUCAAGCUAGCUCUGCACCAGCUCCCUUGUCAUCAAGUUCAGAUGAUGAGGAAGAGGAUGAGGAGGAUGAGGAAGCAGCACUUGAUAGUUCCUCUACUACAAGCAGUGCCUCUCCUGUUCUUAACAAUUAUGAUGCUCUGGAAGGAGGUGGCUAUCCAGAGACACGUUCUGUGACUAGCAGCCCAGUUCCCUCUCCAUCAGUCCUGCAAACAUCAAAAGCUUCUAAGCCCUUUGGUUAUGGAUAUCCAGCACUGCAGCCAGGCUACCAAAAUGCAACACCACCUACUCCUGUGCAGCCCAGUAAUCCAGGACACCAUUCUGGUUUUCAGCACUAUGCACAGCAAUAUCCAGGUGUGAACCAGCUGUCCUCUUCCUUAGGAGGAUUAAGUCUACAGCAUUCUCAGCAGCCAGAAAGCUUGAGACCAGUAAACCUUACACACGAUAGAAAUAUUUUACCGGUGUCUUCAGUUCCAGCACCCGUGCCUAACUUGAAUUCUGAUCUUAGGAAAUUAAACUGCAGUCCAGACUCAUUUCGAUGUACAUUGACAAAUAUUCCACAGACACAGGCUUUGUUAAACAAAGCUAAACUUCCUUUGGGUUUGUUGCUGCAUCCCUUCAGGGACCUGACGCAAUUGCCAGUAAUAACAUCAAGCACAAUAGUGAGAUGCAGAUCCUGCAGGACUUAUAUCAACCCUUUUGUUUCUUUCAUUGAUCAGAGGCGGUGGAAAUGCAACCUGUGCUAUAGAGUUAAUGAUGUUCCUGAAGAAUUUAUGUAUAAUCCUCUGACACGGUCUUAUGGAGAGCCUCACAAGCGGCCAGAGGUGCAAAAUUCUACAGUGGAAUUCAUUGCUUCUUCAGACUAUAUGCUUCGUCCUCCUCAGCCUGCGGUAUAUUUAUUUGUUUUAGAUGUGUCUCAUAAUGCAGUGGAGGCUGGAUAUUUGACAAUACUCUGCCAGUCAUUGCUGGAAAACCUAGACAAGCUGCCUGGAGAUUCAAGAACAAGAAUAGGAUUCAUAACAUUUGACAGCACUGUUCAGUUUUACAACUUACAAGAAGGUUUAUCACAGCCUCAGAUGCUGAUUGUCUCAGAUAUUGAUGAUAUUUUCUUACCUACACCAGAUAGUUUACUUGUAAAUCUCCAUGAAAGCAAAGAGCUGAUAAAAGAUCUAUUGAAUGCAUUACCAAACAUGUUCACCAAUACAAGAGAGACGCACAGUGCACUGGGCCCUGCCCUUCAGGCUGCAUUUAAGCUGAUGUCUCCAACGGGUGGUCGGAUCUCUGUGUUUCAAACUCAGUUACCAAGUUUGGGAGCAGGGCUUCUGCAUUCCAGAGAGGAUCCCAAUCAAAGGUCAAGCACAAAGGUGGUCCAGCAUCUUGGUCCAGCAACAGAUUUUUAUAAGAAGUUGGCACUGGACUGCUCUGGCCAGCAGACUGCUGUGGAUUUAUUUCUCUUAAGUUCACAAUAUUCUGAUCUAGCUUCUCUUGCUUGCAUGUCCAAAUAUUCUGCUGGAUGCAUCUAUUACUAUCCAUCUUUCCAUCGUAGCCAUAAUCCUGCUCAGGCUGAAAAGUUGCAAAAGGACCUGAAAAGAUACCUUACAAGAAAGAUUGGAUUUGAAGCAGUUAUGCGCAUAAGAUGUACAAAAGGUCUUUCAAUACACACUUUCCAUGGGAAUUUUUUUGUACGAUCUACUGAUUUACUGUCCCUUGCCAAUGUCAAUCCUGAUGCUGGUUUUGCAGUACAAAUGUCUAUAGAGGAAAGUCUGACUGACACAUCUUUGGUUUGUUUUCAAACAGCACUUUUGUAUACUUCCAGUAAAGGUGAGCGUCGAAUUCGAGUGCACACACUUUGCUUGCCCGUAGUGAGUUCCCUGGCUGAUGUGUAUGCAGGAGCAGAUGUACAGGCAGUUGUGUGCCUCUUAGCAAACAUGGCUGUGGAUCGCUCAGUCUCAUCCAGCCUUGCAGAUGCAAGAGAUGCCUUAGUCAAUGCCGUGGUGGACUCCUUGGCAGCGUACAUGUCAACUGCCUCAAAUCUGCAGCAGUCCAUGCUGAUAGCACCAAAUUCCCUCAAGCUUUUCCCACUCUAUAUUUUAGCUCUUCUCAAACAGAAAGCCUUCAGAACAGGCACCAGUACCCGCUUGGAUGAUCGUGUCUAUGCAAUGUGCCAGAUGAAGAGCCAGCCCCUUGUUCAUUUGAUGAAGAUGAUUCAUCCCAACUUGUACAGAAUAGACAAGCUGACUGAUGAGAGUACAAUACAUGUAAAUGACAGAGUUGUUCCUCAGCCACCCCUUCAGAAGUUGUCUGCAGAGAAGUUGACAAGAGAAGGAGCUUUUCUUAUGGAUUGUGGUUCAAUUUUUUACCUUUGGAUUGGAAAAAACUGUGAUAACAACUUCAUAAAAGAUGUCCUUGGAUACCCGAAUUAUGCAUCAGUGCCACAGAAAAUGACACAGCUUCCUGAGGUGGAUGCACCUUCUUCAGAAAGGACACGAUCUUUUAUAUCUUGGCUUAGAGAUAGUAGACCUUUAAGUCCAGUUCUUCAAGUAAUAAAAGAUGAGAACCCUGCCAAAACAGAUUUUUUUCAGCAUUUAAUUGAGGAUCGGACAGAAGCAGCUUUCUCGUAUUAUGAAUUCCUACUUAAUAUUCAACAGCAGAUUUGUAAGUGACCAAGGAAGAGGUAGAGGAAAAAGUCUGACUUCAGACAGAAGCGUGGGCCAAGAGAACCAUAUGGGAAGUUACAGAAAUGGAUGCUUGUUCUUCACAAUAUACAGUGACCAGCACUGUUUUGGAAGCUCUACAGCUAAAGGAGUAUACAUUUCCAAAAGAAUUUUGCAGAUUUCCUUCAGUCUAAAAUGCUACGAGUGAUGAAGCUGUUUCACUAGUAAACUUUAAAAUUGGUUUGUACACGUUUCCAGUUGUGCAGCGGUAUGGUGCUCUGUUUAUUGCAAGCUGGUGAAUUUAUGUAGCUAUGUGGGAUGAUAUUUCUUAACAAAAUGUACAAUUAGGUAAAGCCUUUUUUCUUACAUUUGUUAUAGUAGCCCUUCCAGAUCCAAAUCCUUAACAGAGAUGUCAAAGGGCAGUGAUGUAUGUUGGUUGUUUAUACGAAUUUCUUUUUAAAAGGAAUGGUUCAUACUUGCUAAAGACUUCAGCAAAUUCCCUGUGAAAGUUGUAGAGUUUCAGUAAAGUAAAUCAAUUGUAGAAAUAAAAUAUAUAAUGUACAUAGGUAUUACAUUUGUAAAGAAAAUGUAAAAAAUGUAACUAAAAAAAGACCUAGCUCAUUGUGCAGAAUUGUUGAGUGCUCGAUGAUGAUGAAUUGUUCUGUCCCAGGCUAGACAAUGAAGUUGACUAUUAAAACAUGAUAAAAGUAUCAAUGUAGAAGGAAUAUAGCUGCUGCUUCUGUUAAUUUUAGGUGAAUUUAUUUAUGAUUGGCUUACUAAUUAAAAUAUUUUGCUUUAUCAUGUGGUUUUAUAUUUAUGCAACUAUAAUCAUUUUCCAGCUAAACUCUUACCAAACUGAAUAUUGAAGAAAACAUGUUUACCACCUUACUUCACAGACCUGUGGAAGGGAGGAGAAAACAACACAUAACCUGAAAUGAGUUUUGAUACAGAGUUCCUAAGCCCCUUCUAAUGUAUUAUCCUAAAGAAGGCAUAUCUCUUAACCUUGUUUUGCAUUUUAUAACUACUGUAGACUUGGUCCAGGUUUCUGUAACUUGUGUUGUCUGCCAUUUAGAGUAAGUGUGGGUAAUCACUCACACUUGUAGAUUUGAAUUCUGCUGUGAUCUAAGGAAAAACAAGAAGGGAUGUAAAAAUUAAUUACAUUACAUCAGUGAAAGUAAAGGCUUUAAAAUGACAAAAUUCAAAAUGUAAUCACACUUGCAUAUUUCAGAAACUUUAUUCUUGUUAAUGUUUUGGUAACUCAAGGGUUUGGGCUUUUUGAUAGAUUAAUGACAGAUUUUUUCAGUUUGGUGAAUUUGGGAUGAUUUUCUUCAGCCUUUCUUUUAGAGACACAUUAGAAUUAAUUCAUAAAGCACAAUCAAUCAUACUUAGUUUUCUGAACUUUGUUUAUCUGUUUGGUUUAAUGAAAUGUGACUACAAUAGAAUAAUUAGGUACAAAAAAGUAAAUUAUUAUUAGUAUGAUUACAUUUUCAUUUAAUGUAGCCUUGAAAAUGCUAACAUUGUAUUUUAACUGCUCUAGCCCCUGAAUCAAAUAUUCAAGGAGAAGAUGUACUAGCUAUGGUUUGCAAAUGCUUUAAAAGCUACAACAGUUAAAUUGCGCCAGUAGUGUUACUCUGCAUGUUAGCACAAACUCAUUGUUUGGAGAAGAUACCUUAUAUUGUGUGUUGUCCUUAACUAAAUGUGUUUAAGUUACCCAAAGAAUUACAGAAGAGAAACUUUCCAUUGAGUAAAUUAAUUUAUCAUGUAAUAAACAUCUGAGGCAAUGCUGAAUGUUGUCCCGAAAUUAGACCUUCAGGAUUUCAGUGCUUGUUUGUAAAGUAAUGUGCAUUGGGUGAAAGCUAAGUGCUGCUGAAGAGUGGGGCAUCUUAAAAAUCAUUUGUAUUUGUGAAGAUGAGAAGAGCAUGUUAACAUUUCAAAUGCUCCAUGAAGAUGCUUCUAAUUUGUGAGUUUGAUGUUGAUAUCUGGGAACACGUUAUGCCAUGAUUAAUUGCAACAUAUUCUGUAAAAUAAUUUCUUAAAGCUUUAUUCUUCUAGUAUAGUUUUUGUAUAUAAAAAUUAUGAAAAAAAAUUUUUAGAGCUAUUUGUUCAGUAAAAUUAUUACACAGCACAGAGAAUAUAGUUAUUUUUUUAUUAAUGAUAGAGCACAUCUCCAUUCUGAUUUUUAGUUUAAAUUUUAACAAGAUAGUCUCAUGGAAAUAUCUUGAAUUUGAAACAUCUCAGGAUUUAGGGUACUGAUUUUAGUCUUUUGAUCAAUAGAGUAUCUGUAGGCAUGGCAAGAGUAUCUCUGAGAAGGACCUGAGUGUCCUGGUGGACAACAAGCCUUCCAUGAGCCUGGUGGUGUCCUUGUGGCCAAGAAAGCCAAUGGCAUCCUGGGGUGCAUUGGGAAGAGCAUUGCCAGCUGGUUGAGGGAUGUGACCCUGCCCCUCUGCCCAGCCCUGGUGAGGCACAUCUGGAGUGCUGUGUCCAGUUCUGGGUCCUCAGCACAGGAGGGACAUGGAGCUCCUGGAGUGGGUCCAGCAGAGGCCACAAGGGCGAUGAGGGGGCUGGAGCAUCUCUCAGAAGGAAAGGCUGAGGGAGCUGGGUCUGUUCAGCCUCGAGAAGAGACAGAGAAGGCAACCCAUCAAUGUCUGUGAGUAUCUGAAGGGAGGGUGUGAAGGGGAUGGAGCCAGGCUCUGCUCAGUGGUGCCCAGCAAUAGGACAAGAGACACCAGGCAGAAACCAAUGCACAGGAAGUUCCACCUGAGCAUGAGGAAGAACUUCUUUACUGUGCAGGGGACUGAGCACUGGAACACAUUGCCCAGAGAUGCUGUGGAGUCUCCCUCACUGGAGAUAAUUCAAAAGCCAUCUGGAUGCCAUCCUGUGCCAUGUGUCUUGGGAUGAGCCUGCUUGAGCUGGGGUGUCAGACCAGAUAAGCCUUGGUCCCUUCCAACUCAGACAAUUUCUCUUACAAUGGCUUGGAUCAUGCCACUGUAGCAGAAGAUACAGAUUGAAGAUUAAUCCAAGCAGGGGAAGUGCUGUGAAGCUCAACAAAGCUUAUUGCCUGCUUAUGUAAGCAAAGUAGCUCUCUAGCCAUUCUAGGGUUUGAACUUUUCCCUUAGUGUCUUCCACACUGCAUAAUAUAAAGCAUGUCUGUUUCAGUAGAAAUUUAAGAUUUCUCAGGGAGGAUGUUUCCCAGCCCCAGCUAAGUAAGAUCAGUUCAAAUGUUCAAUAUUUUAAGUACUGACAGUGGGGAUCCCUUUCAUGUCUUUGCUCUACAAUGCAACAUCUUACAUGUCUUUUACCUAGGAAGCAGUAUGGAAGUUCUUGUGGGAGAAAUUAGACCCUGUGAAGCUCUUACAAUGGUCGGACAUGUGAUGCAGCUCCCUAAGAAGUGUUAUUGAACUCAAUUCUUUAUUUUUGUUCUUAAGCUUAUUAGAAAUAAACCUAUUUAUUAAUCUUGGUGUAGCUCUUCUCAUGGCAGUGAAGAAAAGAUGACUGGGGCAGGUAAUUCUGUUUUGCCUUGGCUUUCUGUAAAUUGUGUCAAUACUGAAAUGAUAGUUUUGUCAUGGCUGGUUUGUAAAAAGCCAAAAUCAGUUGUUUGUAAUCCUGAGAGCCAAGAGUUCUUCAGUAAUGUUAAAUGUGGAGUCAAGUUUUUUCACACCAGGUAGAUUUUAAGAAUUUUAUGAUGAAGUUUCAAGGUAUGGGACACAAGUGGAUAAAUGAGGAACUAACUAAAACCUCAGUCACUGAUUGCUGCAGUUGGAAGUUUUGGAGUGUAUUUGUCUCUGCAGGCAGGAUGUAACCCUGCAGAAAUUCAGUAACCAGUGUGGGAAUGGGGAGGUCUGAGGCUUAGCUGGCAAUGAACUGAUGCAAUACCCCAAAUAUGUAUCUGUUACUAUGUAAACAUUACUUAAAUGAUGUUUUGUUUAAAAGCAGUUUUUUAUACUUUAAUACAUGUUAAAUUUUUAUAUAGUAUUUUCUGGUAGUUUAUUCAGUUCUAAAAAAGUGUGAGAGGGUUUUACAUGCCCUGUUGCAUCUCAGAUUUUCAUAAAGGAGGUAGAAUAUAAUUAGAAUCACAGAUACUUCUGGUUUUUAGCGUACCAGGAUCUUUGGUAGAUUUGUGUUGGGAAUUUUAAAGGAAAUGGGCAAACUGUAAUGAUUUAUUGAUGCAAUUUCUUUACCUCUCAGCCUCUAAAAUUAAAAAAAAAAAAGAAAA